CUACAUCAAUAGCUCCCUGUUAUACUUUUAUUUGUUCCACUCCAUCAAUUAAUGUUCUAUGUUGUACAAGGUCAAAGAUUUGUUUCACUGCACUGGUAUUUUGUAUAUACCUAUGUUUUGCAGUGCCUUCAACGAUUUUGAUAAUUUGUCCUUACUGGAGAUGCUGGAUUUUUUUUUGCGGAACGCAAACUUAUAUUAUUUUCACGAUAAUUAGAAGUUACAUAUAUGUAAGUUGUAGUUAUUAAUACUUACCUAACAUAGAAUUUAUUAAAAAAAAAUCGUAGGGAGCACGUUACUAUUAUCUACUUGGGUGUAGUGAAGGUAGGUAUUAUUAAAUAAAAUUUUUAUUUUUAUAUAUAUGUGCUCUGUUUAGUUUAGAAGAGACAUUGAAAUAAACCCCUGAUAGAAAUCAAUGCUCAAUUGUUAUAUUUGUUGUUUUAGGUCAUAUAGAAAUUGUAGGGUAUGUAAUAAAUAGGCUAAAAUAUAAAGAUUACUUCAAGAUAAUCCCUGUUACCCUAUAAAAAUACUUAUUUACGUUCUUUAAAUAGGUUAUGGUUGUUAUAUUAAUGAAACUGCAUUUGAUAUUGUUCAUAUCGCACUAGCAACAGUUUUAAGAGCGGAGUAGGUAUUUGCUCUUUGUCUGUCCCAAAAAAUAUGGAAACAAAAGUUAAGAAUAAUACUAAUAGGUAACUAUAUAGAUGUAGACAUAGAUAUAGAUUAUCUAAGCUAAUAAAAUGCUGACAUGCGUAGUAUAGAGGAGUAAGUGCUACUGCUUUACAUACCUAGUCGCUGUUAAAUUGCAGUCUCAGGUUCGAAGUUAGUUGAAAAAAUUAACAAACUAUUUAGUUGCAUGGAUUGUUUGAUUUGUUGUAUAGGUUUCGGCUUUAAUAUUCGAAAUCCACGCUUUAGGAAUUAACAUAUAGUUACCCACAUAAUUUUGAUACGAUACCAAUCUGUAUUUGUUUAACUGUGUAGUAGAACUAUAAGUAUCUAUUGACACACUUUUUAAAUACUUAGGUAAACUAUUAGGGAAAACUUAAAACACCUAAUCAAUAAUAUUCCUAUAAAUGAGUGUCAGGAAUGUGAAAAGUAGGUGUUGUCAAGUAGGUAAGUAUCGAAAUUGCGUAGAGUUAUUAAGUACCUAGGUAGGUUUUUAAUAAGUUAAUUGGACAUCAAUAGAAAAAUUAUGAAAAGACCGCUAGAUUUAGGCGCCUAACUAUCUCAAUACAAAGUAGGUUAGAAGUGCUUACGUAAGCUUGUAAUUGCAUUAUAUACCUACCUACGUUCUCUUUACGUUCAUAGUAAAAUACCUAAACAUUUGACAUCUACUUUUUAGUUCUAGCCGUCUCGUUUACUCACACAGGGGAUUAUUGUUCAUGGAAUGCGCGCGUCGGCUAGUCUCGUCUCGUGGUACAUCUAGGUUCAAAAUAGCGUCACGUGGUAUGUCUAAACCCGUAUGUCCUAACAGCAAGAUUGAUUUUUGAAUACAUUUUUCAUACAGUGUCUACAAGCAGUGAAAACUCUGCGACGAGACUAGGUACCGAGUAACUACUUUGUAAGAGUUCAAUUAUAAUUUAUAUUUACCUAUUCAAGCGAUAGUUUUAAUUAAUUUUAAUACAUGUCAAUGAUUAUCCAGUUUCAUUUGUAAACUAAAUGUUUUUUUUUUUCAAGCUUCGGGUUAUAAUUUCUCAAAAUAGACUGUUCAAAAAUAGUACAAAAGUAAAAAGUUCUUGAGAAGUAGUCUCGUCGGGAGUGCGGCUACGUCAUCGACGAGACUUUUUGUAGGUAUGUAUGACUACAAGCAGUAGCUCGAUUGGCCAACAAAGCCUUGUCGGCGGCCAUUUUGUCGCUGCUGAGUCACCAAAAGGUGAAAAAUGUACUGAAUUAAUGCGCACUCCCCACGAGACUAUACAACGGUAUUGGGCAUUUCCCUGAACAGACAGAACACAAAAUUUGGGUUUCAUGUUCCUUACCUACCACAGCGUGCAUGAAAUUAUUAUUAAUUUUUCUUAUUGAAAAAUAUUGGCAAAAAUCUUAUUAUCUAACAUUAAUAGAAAAUUAUACAAAACUAACUCAACUACGGGUUAUAAACAACUUACAAGUUCUGCCGGCCUUCGUCACAUGGAUUGGAGGAGGAUGCAGUUUAGUGCUGAUUGUGCGUGAAAUAAAUUAAGUGGACAGUGCAUAUCAAAUGUAUCGCGAUCUGUCAAAAUAGUGCAGUGAUAAGUCAGAUGUAGGUUGCAAGCAAUGCGUUUGUUUACAUUUAGUUAGUAUGGUUAAAAUUUGGCUGAGCAUCAAUGCAGGUUAUAGGCCUGAACGGUGAUGCUUUGCAGGAUUACACUUGAUUAAACGCAUAAACUGUAUUUGUGAAAAUAAAAUCUAGUGUCACGAACAUGACCGACACGACGAUGGUUAAAGUAAAGACGGAGCGGCCCGAUGAGGCCGAGAUACGGGAAUUAGCAGCGAAGAUGGUGGAGGCCAACAAAGCUAAGGCACUGGCUGCGUCCGUAGCAGCCGCGCGGCCGCCACCCGGCACGUUGGUGGGUACGGGCCCACCCGGUCCGGGCGGGCAAAUGGCCAUCGUUAACUUUCUGGCGCGGAAACCGACCGCGCCCGUGGCCGGCGACCAGCGUCCGCCACCUGAUGCCGAUAAGAAAACCCCGGCGCCAGACGAGGCUAGUUGGAAGGGCCACUUCGGCUGGGACAUGCUUGGCAAAUGUCACAUUCCAUACAUCUACCGUUCCGGCGAGAAGUAUGUCGCCGUAAGGAUGGUAGAGAUCAAGCUUCUAAAUAAGUACCUGAAUUAUUUGCAUGCGGACAUAUACUCAUGUACGUGUAUCAGAAGUUAUUAUAUCACAGAGAUUGAGGCUCGUCUGCUGAACGAAAUCAAUAAUAGGCAUUGUGAUGGUCAGUUUGGGCGGGAACCUUUCACACAAAAAGACUUGGUAGUGAGGUUAUUGGAUGCAUAUGAGUUCUAUAACUUUUUGGAUGUUUGUUACAAUAAAUUGUUGCGGGGGACGACAAAUAGCAAAGACAAGUGUGGUUUCAUUCGUAUAAAUAAGGAGUCAGUAGUGCCGUACACGGUGAGAGACAAUCAGAAAUUUGUGCCUCUAUUUUAUUUUGAAGGUGAAACGGACAACUUGAAGUUGAAAGCGGACCAGUUGAAGGGGUGGGACUUGUCAUACCUUAAGUUCUGUUGUAAAGUGCAAGGAAUAAGGAAUGAGUUGUUUGCGAGUGAGACUUGUUCAGUGAUCAGUUUAUCAGACAUUAAAAGUUACUUUCCACCAGGCACAGAAUUUGAGGAAUACUGGCCAAAUAAAGUUGUUGACUCGCAGCUUCUAAUAUCAGCUAAAGGUUCAGUAUCAGGCGGCGGGCAAUGGACCCGAGCGCCACCGGCGCCGCCGCCGGGCGUGGUGGGUGGCGUGGGCGUGGGCGUAGGUGCUGGCGGUGUCGGUCUGGGCGGCGUGGGCGGGUCCACGCGUGGUCGUCGCGCUGCCGCCCAGAGGCAUUCUCCCGCCGCGGCCGCCAUGCAGAUGCCGCACGCGAGCAUCUCGGCGGCGGCCGUGCAGGCGCUCGCUAACAGUUGGAGCUUGCCCGGCACACUUACGCAGGCGCAAACACAACAAGUGCUUAGGCUAGCUCAGGCGCAAGUGGCAGCCCAAGCGCAGGUUGCGGCACGGUACAACAUCGCGGCGGCGGCCGCCGGGUUACCUCAGCACCGCUCGCAACACCAGCGUAAUGUACAGUUUCCCAACAGUGCAAUAACAAUGGCUAUGGGUCAACAGCCCCCUCCACCUCUAGUGAGGUGCUCGGCCAACACGUCGACAAUGAAUGUGCCUCCUCAAGUGACUGGAUCAAUGAAUGGCCACUCAACCUCUCACUCCGUGGACAGCCGCAAAAGGCUUACACCGAUACCAGAUAUCAACAUUACUGGCAACCAUACGCCAUAUAAGGUGCAAAAGGCGCUGGUGGAGAACACGAUGGUGCCGUGCAUCAACGCGAAGCCGUACCAAUACACAGAAUUGCUGAUGACGUUGCCGGAUCUCGCGAGCCACUUUUUCCCGCGUGUUUCUCUCGUCACCUGCCGCGCCAUGCUCGACGCGCUCGGCCUCACGCUCUUCAGGCCCAACACUACGCAGCUACAAGUGCUGCGUAAUUCGGGCAAGUGCAAGAGUGCAGCGGCCGGCGAGAACGGGCUCGCGCUCGUGCAGAUCCGCGACGUGAUGCAGCACAUGCCGCAGUUCAAGUACAUGCUACGUUCCGGGCUCGCGGCCGACGAGCCGCCGCUACAGCCGCCGCGUCCCGCACACGCCGCCCACGCCGCACACGCUGCCCACGCCGCCCACGCCGGCCACGCGCAGCAGCCACCGCAUCCCAAACGGACGCGCGCCAACUGAGCGGAUAUUUGAACUGUCCGGGGCGCGACGCAGCCCAGUACCGUGUUAACCGAGCGGGACAUGUCGCAGACGAGUAUCGUGUUAGCCGAGCGGGACAUGUCGCAGGAGAGUACUGUAAGCGCCUGGAAUAUAGGCGAGUACGUUUCAACUGAGAAGAGCCUUUCUCAUAUGUAUGGCUAUGUGACUGAGUGAAGCACAUCUUGAAUAUGCCAGUUGAAUGAGAGUUCAUUCUGGGUGCGACUUAUUCUAUCUGAACAGUCCCCCCCACGCCAUACAACGAAGCCCACGUCACACAAGCAUCGUUAUCCAAGCCUAUUCGUGCUAACUGAACGGGAUCACACCAUACACGAAGGCUCGCAUCCCAAAUGUGUCUUUCAUUCAAAUGGAUUUAUAUACCACAAGAUCCGUAUACCACACGGGACCCAUAUACUCCACUAAACUCAUGCUGUACUCCAAUCACGCUCGUGCCAACUCAGUGAAUCACCCCCCCUGCCGGGGCCGCACGUGUCUCCCCACAAUCCCACGAACUGUCGCACCUGUUGUAAUGUAAUGUAAAAUAUCGACGUCUGUCAAUUUUGUGAUGUUGUACAAAUUGUAUGAUACUGUAUUGUAAAUCGGAAGAUCUAAUUUAUACGAUCUAUAUUGAACUAUAUUAUAGAAGACUGAAAUUUUAUUUUAUAAUUAUUUCAUAUAUAUAUAAAAAAAAAAAACCAAUAUAGUUGAUGUUGUGAAAACGAUUGUUUAGUUCAGUAAAAUUUUCUAUCGAGCGUUUUGGUGUUAAAGAGUUUCUCGAGUGUCGAGUUGUAGUGUAUGAAAAUUUGUACAUAGUAGGAUAUUCAAAUUAUGCAUUUGUGCAAACUUGUCUCUUUGAAUGUGCGUUAGAAUAUGACGUAUAAAAUGAUGCUUCAAUGUCCAAGCGCUGCUCUUGUAAUAGUCUGGAAUUUGAGUAUUAUUUUAUUAUUCAUAGAGAUGUGCAUAAUAUUGCUUGGUAUAACAUUACAAGCGACGCUUAGCGUUUAAUUAUAACAAUAUCAUCACAACAAUUGAUAA